UUGCGCUCGGUCACUCUUUCCAAAGGGAAAAACGCUCUGAGAAUUCGCUUUUUUUGCGACUAUGAGGGAAACCUGUGAUUUUUAAAAGGACUACAAGAAUAUUUAAGUACUGUUGGCACAAAGUCUCAAACAUCUUUUCGCUUGUGAUGCCCGCUGGGAUGUUUAGUAUCGACAGCAUCUUGGCAGGGAGACCCAGCUGCUAUGACAGCGCCGGCUCAGUACUUAUUUCUCCAGUCCCACAUCAGAUGAUGUCGUACAUGAAUGUGGGCACCUUAUCCAGAACCGAACUACAGCUACUCAACCAGUUACACUGUCGGCGCAAGAGACGACACCGAACUAUUUUCACCGACGAGCAACUGGAGGCACUGGAGAACCUUUUCCAAGAAACCAAAUACCCUGAUGUUGGCACACGAGAGCAAUUGGCACGAAAGGUGCACCUACGCGAAGAGAAAGUAGAGGUUUGGUUCAAAAACAGACGAGCAAAAUGGAGAAGACAGAAAAGGUCGUCGUCAGAGGAAUCAGAAAACUCACAGAAAUGGAACAAAUCCACGAAAACAACCACUGAGAAAAUCGAGGAGGGCAAAAGCGACGUGGAUUCUGACAGCUGA